AUGAAAACUCAAGAGGAUAUAUGCAGCCCGCCCAGGCCAAAGCUUCAUCGUGUCGACUCGCCAUUGGAGACUGCAGACGAUGGCCCGCUGUUCGAGUGCAGUCUUGCAGAGGCUUUUACUGCAACAGCGGAGAAGUUCCCGAAUCAUACUGCAAUCAUAGACGAGGAGUGCAGACGUGAAAGCACGUUUCGAGAGGUCGAUUCUUUUGCCAAGUCGAUUGCAGCUGGGCUUCAGGCGCGAGGUAUCCGCAAAGGAGAUCGAGUCGCCACCAGCUUGGGCAACACACUUGAGGGUUGUGUCAGUAUCUUGGCUUGCUACAAGCUGGGCGCGAUCGCGGUGCCACUCAAUCCUUCUUACAAGCCAGCUCAGGUCAUCGGCGCACUCAACCACGUGACCGCCGCUUGUCUCAUCAUCAGUGCCGAAGCCAAUCUGCCAUUCCGACGACCAGCUUCCACGAUACCGACUCUGGAAGCAUUCGUGGAUGAUCUAUACGUCGAAAAGAUCUCCAGUCGAGCAGUUCCCAGCCUGGAACAUGUCAUCAUCGUGGACAAUUCUUGUGGCAGAAUCGACACGACCCCGUUCAAAUCCUUGAUUUGCUGGAACACACUACUCACUGGUCAAGAAGAGCUGUCUGAUAAUGCAGUGAGCAAAGACGAUGUUGCUCUGAUACAGUUCACCUCCGGGACUACAUCGGCUCCCAAGGGAGCAUGUCUGACCAAUCGUAACCUCGUGAACAUCGCAAUCAACAUGGGACGGCGCCUGAAUUAUACAGAACAGGACACUGUCUGUUGCCCUACACCACUGUUCCACGUCUCCGGGACAACACUUGGACUGGCGAUAUCUCAAUGCUUUGGGGCAACUCUCGUCUUCCCUUCAGAGGCCUUCAAUACUGCCGCCACUGUCGAAGCACUUCGAACGCAGAAGUGCACAGCAGUAUAUGGAGUUCCUACCAUGUACGUGGCGAUGCUCGAAUACAUCAGCCAGAGUCACAUUCGAAGCGAAGAUUUCAAGCAAUUGCGAACAGGCAUCAUCAGCGGUGCCCCUGUCCACGCUUCCUUACUUCGUAAGGUGCACGACGUACUCUAUCUUCCCGAGUUGGCAGUCUGUUGGGGCAUGAGCGAAACUGCCGGUGCGGCGACCAUGUCUCAUCCUUACGAUCCAUCCGUGAAGCGAGUCACGUCCGUCGGUCGAACACUCCCUCAUACUCAGGUCCGCGUGGUGUCUCGAGACGACCCGCUUCGCGUGUUGCCUGUAGGUGAACGCGGAGAGCUUGUAGUGGCGGGCUACCUCCUUAUGAAGGGGUACUGGAACGAUCCUGCAGCUACUGCAGCAGCGCAGAUCUACGAUCCUGUCUCGAAUGAAAUAUGGAUGCGCACUGGAGAUGAAGGUGUCCAGGACGCAGACGGCUUCUUUCAGGUGACGGGGCGUAUCAAGGAUGUGAUCAUUCGUGGGGGUGAGAACAUCCAUCCUGCGGAGAUUGAAAGCAUACUGGUCGAGCAUGCUCGUGUGAUGGAUGCGAGCGUGGUGGGCAUACCUGAUGAGAAGUAUGGUGAAAUUGUUGGUGCCUUUGUCGUUCUGAACGAUGCCAGCGGCGCCAGUACUUCUAUGAAGCAAGAGUUGCAAGAAUGGGUAGGCGGCAAGUUGGGCAAGACUUGGGUGCCCCGAGAGGUGUUUGUGGUUGAAGAUCUUCCCAAGACUGCUUCCGGCAAGGUCCAAAAGUUCGAGUUGAGGGAGAAGGCGAAAGGCUUGCUU